GCUAAUCGCCCUUGCCCUUGCCGUACCUACCGUCUCCAUGCACUAGAGUUUGCUCUAAUCGUGGACUUAAAUCGUUCCCAACUUCAAUACCCGAGACGAGUGCAUGCACGCAGGGCAUGCCAGCGUGUGCGGCAAUUGUGAAAGUACUUGAAUUCCGGUGGAAACAACCAUCAGUGAAAGAGUGCCUGCAGAAAGUCUAACGCGGUAUUCACGAGACGGCCAACGGGCGAUCGUCGGGCGUGAAAUCUUGGUAGCGCCACAGUGAAAGGGAACGCGCCAUUGGAGUAGCGGUGUAGUGAGUGCAUGUGCGUGUACAGAAGACUGUGAAAAGAGAAAAUCACAUCAUACACAGACAGUGUGUGUAGCAAGGACAUAGCAAAGCCAACAAAUCAUUUAGGUACGAACAUUAUACAUCGCAGGACAUACCUCGGAAAUUUAUAUGCGAGUGUGUGUGUGUGUGCUUACGAGUACAUUUGUGUGAUUAGCUAAGCUAUUGUUUUGUCAGAAACGGAAACCAUCCCCCCAUCGCGAACUCACUAAAAAUAAGAAAAAAACAAAACAACUUUGACAAAGAAUCUGCUGGUUUCGGAACUACUUUGUUGAAGCAAUCAACAACCUACAGACUGAGCGGUGAUAACUGUAAAACAGGCUGUGUAACAAACAAAAAUUGUACAAUCUAUUACGCGGUGUAGGCGUGCGCGUUUUGUAAAUUUACUGUAAAUAUCAAGUGAGUCACCGUCGAACGGAACUAACUCACUCCGAACUUCCCUCCGUAUAAGACUGGAUUAGCAGAAAUCGAAACAGGUGACGGCACCAAGUGCACCGAACGAUAGGAAAACCAAAACGAACUGGAGCAACACUAGGGGAAAACAAAACAAAACAGUGCCUUCAUCCGGGAGUGUAACGCCGAAACUAUUUGAAAACCUUACGAAAGCAACGUACAGUGACAAAACUCGCCUCUACAACGUACAAGAGGAAGCCAUAUUAGCCAUAUUAGUGGAGAAGAAAGAAAGCAGUACCGGGCGCCGAAACUAACUAAGUAUGGCCGACACAAAGACGACGACGACGACGACGACGACGGCAACGUCCAGUGAAGUAACGAAUCCAGUGCCGCCAAUUCCAGUAGUGGUGACGGAAAUGGCAACGCAAACCGUCACCAACAGUGACAACGGUCCCAGCAGCGAACAGGCCACUCCGACGAAAACGGAGACCACACCGGCCGUGAGAACGAUGAUCGAAACAGCUACGAUGACUGACGCCGCGGAGCAGAAAGAAAGUGAAAGUUCCGUACCGGAGGCUCAGUCUUUGACGGAAACUGCUGCUCAACAAGAAGUCCUCACCCCGAUAGAAGUGAAGCCGCAGCCGAAUGCGAUAAUCGAGUUGGAAGUUGCCGCUGUUAAGGAAGCGGUAGAAGCCGAAGAAGAACCGGACACGCUGUCUCCUCUCAUGACGGACAAUCAUACGUUCUUACAGCAUCAGGAACUGAUGCGCGAGGAUCCCCUGGCAGAAGAACAUCUACGGUUAGAUGAGCCGGGAAGUAGUAGUCCCCAACAGCACUUCCAUCACCACCAUCAUCACCAUGGCGCAGAGGAGGUGCACGAUUACGGUAUCUACGAUGACGACGAACAGGAAGACGAUGAUGAGGACGAUGACGAUGAAGAUAUUGAUGAUGAGGAUGAGAUGUUUAUGCGCGAUCAAGACGAUCAGGACCGCAACAUGAAGCACUCCGACACGAAAGAAUCAAUCAGUUCGAUCGACAGCGACGUGUCAUUAUCCUACGAUCGGCGCAGUUCCAGUGAGCUGCCGCAACAUCAGCAGCAAAUCAGGCAGCACUCGGAAGAUGCCGGUGCCGGUUCGUCAGAUGAUGCGGCGAAAGAUUCGGGCUGCGAAAUCACGAAAAAGUCAUCCGGCGAGGGUGCUAAUGAUGCCGGUACGCAGGAAGACACCGAGGACGGGGCGUUCGAGAUCCCGGACGAUGAAAUGUGUGAGCGAAUUAUUGAACAAGUGGAGUUCUACUUCUCCAACGAUAACAUCCUUAAGGACGCUUUUUUGUUGAAACACGUGCGCCGCAACAAGGAAGGCUUUGUCAGUUUGAAGCUGGUGUCUAGCUUUAAGCGCGUCCGUCAGCUGACGAAGGACUGGCGUGUGGUUGGAGACGCGAUCAAGCGCAAGAGUGUCAAGAUCGAGGUAAACGAUCUGGGCACAAAGAUUCGUCGCCUGGUUCCGUUGCCCGAGCACGAUGAAACAACGCCGUCGCGCACUGUUGUCGCUACGGGGCUGCCAUACGACAAGUACACCGUAGAGAAGGUGUCGGAGUUAUUUUCGAAGUGCGGUGAAAUAUCGCUUAUCCGCGUACUCCGUCCGGGUGGUCCCAUUCCAGCUGAUGUUCGCCAGUUUAUCAACAAACAUCCAGAGCUACAGCAGAAUGAAUGCGCUCUUGUCGAGUUCACCGAAUCCGCGUCGGCCCGCCGGGCUCAAGCAAUGACGGAAUUCGUUGUGCUGGAGCUGGUAGCACCGAAAAAGAAGACCGGCAAGAAGGCCACCAACGUUACGAAAUUUGUCGAAAGCUACAAGAUAGCCGCUCGACAUGACAUUGAGAGAAGCCGUGGUGGUGAGGGCUUCGAUCGCUUCCGAAUGCGCCGCGGAUCUGGCUUCUAUCCUAAGUCGGACAUGAUGGUUGGUACGAUCUAUCAACAGCAACAACAGGUAGCUCCCCAUCACCACCAUCACCAUCAUCAUCAAAUGCUGCCAAUGAUAAGCCAGCCGAUGCAAGCUCCACUACAGCAGGACCCUCACCAGCACCAACAGCAUUCGCCUCCGAUGCCGUAUGUGGUGGCACACUCGCCCCAACCACGCAAGUAUUCCUUUGGCAACGAAACCUACGAGUGCUAUCAGCCACAGUUAACGCAACAGCAGCAACGCCGAUCCAGUGCCUAUUCCCUAGGGUCGGAAGCUUCACGAAAGUUCUCCAACUGCUCGGAAGGUUACUCGAGCUGCGGUGAAAUGUCGCGCCGUACGUCCGCUUGCUCGUCCGUGCCUGCGGAAGGCAUGUCUCGGCGAACGUCCGCCUGCUCGGAAGUGCCAUCGUCACGACGCUCAUCGAACUGUUCAGACUUUUGCUCGUGCAAUACACGUCGCAUCUCGCAGUGUUCCAGCGAUCUAAUGUAUCGUCGAAUGUCCCAGUGCUCAACGGAGCACGGUGGCCCGGUGCACUCAGCACCUCGCAAGUAUUCGGUCGGCUCUAACUACGAUCGUAAGUACGCCAACUCACCAGAACUUCUUCAGCAACAGCAGCAGGGCCAUCUACUACAGCGUCGCAUCUCCAUGGACUCGACCGGUGGCUACGAUCGGAAGUUUUCGUCCGGCUCGAUCACGGGCUACCACACAGACGGAAGCCCAAACAUCUCGCCGCGCAAAUACUCGUCCGGAGGAUUUGAUCCUCUGCGCAAGCUGUCCAACGGUUCGGAUCAGUACUACAAUGGCCGCAAGAUAUCGACAGAUUCCGGCUACGAUCGUCGCAUCUCGAUCGGCUCCGAGUGUUCCGGCCCAAGAUCGCGCGCCGGUAGCAUCAUGUGCAACCACGUCAAUGCGGGCAACACGGCUCUGCCGACAUCUGCCAAUGAAGCCGUGGUACGCACUCCAAUCGGACCAGAUGGCAGCAAGGGAUUUGGUACACGCACUCGCCGCAUCGGACAGAUUGUGCCACCAGCUUAAGAGUAUGCUCGAUAGCAUCGCUUUCCUUUAUGCAGUAUUCUGAUUCAUCAACCUCGAAUGUCGUCAAUCUUCACACAUCGUUGGUUCAUAGUUUCUGUUAGGCUUCUCUCGGAGGAAUACUGUGUGAUCAUCACUCGUUAGGGUUAGGUUCAGUGUGACAUUUCGACAGUUCAGCAUCUCCUCCCUUCAUUCAAAAAGCGAGGUGCGUAGGGGUCCAGAACAAACUUCUGUGCGGGCUCUAUUCGAAUCACUUUCACUUACGCCAGCUGUUGGCCUAGAUUAGCGCACCAUGGUAGGAUUGCAUUUGCAAACCAGAUUUUUCUCUCGUUCACUCUCUCACUGCGCACUGCGUCUCAUUCGCAGCAAGUUCAGCGCCACGGUGUGAAACAUGCGAUGUAGUAUUGCGCAAGCUCCUAGGGGCGUGCAGGGAAGAGAGUCAACAAGCAAGAGCGAUUGCUGCGGCGAGUAAAUGCGUACGUGGAGUUGUCAGACGACUCGUGAGUUGUAUCGGCCGAGCGUCAGACAGAAACGUGCGCAGACAAACUGACGACCGACACAGCUUUACAUAGUGUUUGUGCAGCGUUUUUUUUUUUUUGCAAAGUUCCGCAACCACAGACCGCUCACAGACGCUCAUGGCGAGAGUUUCAUCUCACGUUCUCCACAUUUCAGGCAAGACCGAAGGCGCAGUAGCUUCAUGAUCAGCAACACACCAUGGUAUUGGUGUCGAUCGUUUACACACAAAUUGUUCAUAUUGCGAUCGUUUCAUACCCGACAAGCCCUCGCGAAGCAAAAGGGUGGCUUAGAAUAGAGAAAGAUUUCAUUGAACUUAUUUUAAGGAUCGCGUGCCGGUGAUUUAAACAAGAACUUAACCUCUCUUGUUCAAGGCAUGCGUCAUCAAUACCUUCACUUUUUGCUACUUAGCCGCGACACACUAAUAAUUUUCGGUCGCUACAUACAAUCUCACCUGACCUCUCCCUCCCUGAGUGGCUGCGAUAAGGUUUCCAUUCAAGCUAUUCCUACCUAUCCCAGGCCACAAAAGAUAUUUUGUUUACUUUGCGACCCAAACGACGAUCACAAGAUAUUCAAUCGUCUACAUGACCUUGUCUCACGCCAAUUUUGCCCAGAAGGAUUGUUUUGCGAAUGCUUGUCGAAAGGUUUUAUUUAUUCACUGUAUUUUGUGUUAGCGUUAGUAAGUUAUCCUUCUUUUUUUUGGUUUCCCUUUUUGUUGGUUGUAAGAUUUAGAGCUUAAGUUUGUUUUAGUACAGUAUGAUCGAGAAACUUGUCUUACAUUUCCCGAUCAAAAGCGAUCAAAAUGUGAACAAUAGUCCGUCGGAUUAGAAAUUUAAUUCAAAGGCUAAGAAUAGAAUGGCUUAGUGCUAGUCCUAGGCAGAAAGUAGCAGAUAAGAUUUAGUUUUAGUAGCUUUGCACCAUUUUGCAUUGAAGAAAAAAAAAGUACCGAGCAGACCAGUUGAACCGAACGAACGACGUGAGCGAAUUGAAUCGCCAAGCAAACGGGUUGUGGCGAUGCCGAACGUAAUGAAGAAAUGGAUCCUGGCCACCUGGUUGGAUAGGUCAAGUUCUGCUUCGGCGACUAUACCACCAGUAUAAGUUCUCACGCUCCUUGGAGUUGUCGUGCUGAAUGUCUUCGGUAUUGAAUGGGUUUUCAAUAAACAACGAUGAACGGAGAUCGGAUGAACUGGUAGUUCGUGGACCUUGACCUACUUGAGAUUUCGGUGUGUCGAGCAGGUGAGCCGUUGGUGGAUAAGGUGCAUGAUUUAUUUUCAUCUUGCCCAAACCUCACUCACACUCACAAGCGUUCAUUUGCCACCGUUUUACUGUGGAGCUUUCACAUAAUUCCUUAGAAGUGGUACUAAUUGAUGCCACCAUAUUGGAUAUUGAUGAGUGACACAAGCUGCUGGAAACCAUACAUGUGUCAAAUUAGGUGUAUAAUUAUCCCAAACCUUAUCUCACUAGGUGUCGAUGGGAAAUAAUGGCAUUAACCGAAAUGAAAGCAUGACUUGACAUUAGUUGCGCCUCCACGAUCGCCAGCAAAAUGAAAAGCUUCCACACACUUCCCAAUUCCUAAAUGGAUUCGUUUUCUCCCCGUAAGUUUGAUAAAUUGCACAUACUACCCGGUGUGCGGUAACGGGUAACGUGAUACAAAUGUUUCAUAUUUUUUUCUUUCUUGCCUUCUACCCAAUUCCUUCUCAAUUUUGUGCAGCGCCGUCUCGGUAGACUUAAUUUCCGGUCCACGAGCGCAUUAGCCUCCCUCUUGGGAUUUCUAGACGACCGGACAACUUCAUGACAACGGUUCGUUAGGUUUUGAUUUUCAUUGCUCCGUAUUCGAUGGUGUGGAAAAUGUGCCUUCACACAUAUAUACACACACACACACAGAAAAAGAUGGAAGAAAACAAAGUCUACCAGUUCACCAUAAAUGCAGAAAGAAGCCAAGUGCCCAGACCCGGGCUAUAGGAAGUGAAAUUAUCAACUCGCGGAUGGUUUCGGCCGAUGAGUUUUGUUAGACGUUGUAAAGCAACAACACUAAGCAAUUGUGUUAGUAGCGGUGGUGAACAGGUAUACAACACGAACACAAAAAAAAACAAAGAUUAACGACCGCAUUUCACUAGCCAGCCGAUCGACGCAUUGGCACGGAAGAAAAAUGGAGGAAGUCUCGAUAUUCCACUGUUUAGUAGCUUAAGCAUUCGGAACAAUGGAUCUGUUUGAUGUUCCGCAGGCUUAGGUUUAGGUUUUGACAGUGGAUUAGGAGCCCUAAAGAGCCACUGGCAAUUGUGGCUGGCUACCUCAUCUACAUUUGCUUUCAUACUUUUCACAAGCUCACGUAUGACAGCUGUAAACCAAGGCGCAGCCCUCAUUUUGAUGGAUGAUUGCGGUUCAAAAGCGUUUCAGGAAUGGAAUAGAGGGUAGUUUGAUGAAGUUCGUUACUAGCAACUGUUUCUCAUUAGCGGGUGUGUAACACUUGGGAGCCUUCGUGUGGAAGGGCAAGCACCCCGAUUUCAUGCAGGAGUAUUAUCUAGCGUGGAAGUUAAGGCAAACCUGUCCAAUAAUAAUUACUACCAGUAAUGCGCUACACGCGGGUUUACUUACCGUGUUUGGCUGACUAUUGUCGGAGUUGCAUGUCCGAUAUGGGGUCGACUGAGUAUUGCACAAAACGACUUAUGAUGGUUGGUUCCGUAGUAACACAGCAAGGAUGUAUUGCUUCAUCCUGGCUUCCGGCAGGAAGUAAGCAGCUCCACGUUAUCACCGUUCGUAGCAUCGUCGUGUUCAAGAUCACGGCAAACUUCAAGUGACACGAUAUUUCGUCACGGAUCGAUCGUUCGGUAGGGUCACGUUCGUGAAUGGAUAAGAAUCACACUUUUCGUGCUGUUGCAGUGUAAAGGCAUUAACGUUUAAAAGUGGCUGCUAUGACAGUUAGUUUAGUAUGGUCUCGUAAUGAGUAUAGUAAUCAUGAUUUUCGUUCUGCUUAAAUAACGUUUGUUUCCACUUUUAAAUCGCUUAUCAAUCAUGCAUAAAUAGACGAAUAGAAAUAGACAAUACACAAACAAUACAGGCGCUGGGAAGAAUGCAACAUAAACUACUCCCCUGUUAUCAACUUCAUCGUCAGUUGUAUGUCACGAAAUAUGAAAAUAGUGUCUGCAUUGGCAUUGGAUAUGAUCCGGGAGGAGGACAUAUUCAUAGUUUUCGAUCUGCUAGUGGAUCGAAAUUUCACUGGUAAAACGAAAUAGACAGAGUAGGAAAAACGGAUUAUCUUAUAAGUACUUUAUUAAUUAUAUUAAUUAUGGAGACAUCUCUCGUGUCCCUUCCCUUCCUUUUCCUUUCCCUCACCCUUAUCCCCUGUUCCCUUCGAUUCGUUCUGUUAUGAUAAUUGUAAUAAUCAUCGUUUUUUUUUUGUUUUGGUUAAAUAUUUCCUCAAUAAUAACGUUAAGCAACAACAGACAGGCAGCAAAAGAAGCUAAGUGUAUGUGCAAUGCAAUAACUACGAUACUGUAUCCAGUAACGGCCACGCAUGGCAAGCGCCGAUAGGAACGGACACAGUUUUCUAGAGUGGUGCCGCGCUUGAGCUAGACAUAUUUAUGCGUACGGCAGCAAAGGUGCAAUGGUUUGCGUGCGGCGCGAGACGAGCAAACGCGUGUAUUAUUUGUCUAAUUUUAAGAACGGUUUUAUGUCGGCGAUCGCGGUAACACGCGGCUGUUUGUGUGGCGGUUAGUUCACACGGCAACGGGUGUCUCGCAUCUUAGCUCUUAGAUGAUAAAACGGUGUACUGGAAAAGCAAUGAAACAGGCAGAAAUACAGGAAAGAAAGUAUUUUAUACAUGUGUA